CGUGGCUUCAAUGGCUAACAAUUUAUUUUUGGCCACCUUCAAUGCAUAUAGCCCAGGCUUAGUCACCCUUUAUCAGCUCUUGUUGAACUGGAUCUCAACAUCAUCGCGAGUCUCGAGAGGCACCAAUCACAUACACGAAGAAAAGGGAAUACCUAUUCUCGAUGAAGCCAUAUUAUCGUCUGGGAUCACUGGAAUAAGAGUUCUCACCAAAUCGGCUAAGCUAUACAAUGGUGAAGAACGCUGUCUUUGUUCCCGUAGGAUAACGAGAUCUAAGAAAAUAAACAGGCGCUGCCAAACCUUCGUCGACUCUUUAUCGAGUCGCGAACAGAUGACGAAGAACGAGAUGUCUCCAGAAAAGCGGUGGGUCGUCUUCCGGUUUGUCUCAGCGACACAUACUGAUCGAAAGCAGUUCUAUAACGCCGUCCUUUUCAUGGGAUCAAUUGCUGUUUUCAGUCUCAUCGCACAAAGGUUAAACGCUGGUAAAUGAUGGACAGAUCAUCAUCAUUGUGCAUUCAAAGAUGUCAUUCGAAUAAUUAGAGCAUGCCGUUUAAUCAUUAAUAUUAAUCAAGAUUGAUAGCUGAGACUCAAUCAAUCAUCGGCUUCUUCCGCC